UGCGUCAUUCAGAUAACUUAUCAAAUUUAGCUUCAUAAACUUGUGUUCAUAUUCUACUAGUGCUGUUUCGAGUAAGACAUGUCACAAAAAGUGGCCAUAGUCACAGGCUCUAACAAAGGUAUCGGCCUUGCAAUUGUUAAGGGUCUGUGCAAAAGAUUUGAUGGCGUCGUGUACUUGACUUCUAGAAAUGAAGCUAUGGGAAGAGAUGCUGUGAAGAAACUCAAUAAACUUGGUCUUAAUCCGGAAUACCAUCAGUUAGAUGUUGCAGACAAGGAAAGUGUUAGGAAGCUCAGAGAUCAUAUUAAGAAGAAACACGGAAGAAUUGAUGUACUUAUAAACAAUGCUGGUAUUGUAUUGGGUGACAGUUAUGAACAUUGUAAAGGGACUAUCGACAUCAACUACGGAGGAGUCGUUAAUGUUGAAGAAUUUUUAUUUCCACUAUUAGCAGAGAACGCUCGAGUAUUAAACAUCUCUAGCGAUUGUGGUCACCUUUCAAAUGUCAAAAAUCAACACUGGGUUGAGAGGCUAUCAUCAAAAGAUUUGACCAGAAAUGAUAUUGACGAAUUUGUAAACUGGUUUCUGCAUUCUGUAAGAGAUGGUACUUUCAAAAAGAGCCACAUAGCUGAUGGGGGAUCGAUAGCAGCUUAUAGAGUAUCUAAAGUAGCCGUCAGCGCUUUGACAAUGUUACAACAAAAAGAUUUGGAAUCGAAAAAUAUUUGUGUGAACUCCGUUCAUCCAGGACUAGUUAGCACAGACAUGACCAUGGGAUGUGGUGUCCUGACUCCGGAUGAAUCAGCAAAAACACCUUUAUAUUUGGUGUUGGACGCUCCGAGUAGCAUCAAAGGGGCUUACGUGUGGUAUGAUGGAACAAUUGUAGACUGGUUCGACUACAAGGCUGAGUACUUCUUCAAGAGAAGUGCGUUUAUUGUACCAGCUCUCAAGAGAGUAUUUCGUCCUUUUGUUCUCAUCUUUGUUUUAGCACUUAUCAUUGCAUCUGUCUUCCGUUAGUUAUGUAUUGAUGAAACAAUUUGUUAAAUAAAGAUUAAAAUAUAACUCGCAUAUA